UACUGUACUCAACUGUACUGUUACAAAGUGAAAAAAUAAUAGUUUCCACAAACAGCAUACAAAAUAAUACAUUAUACAUGGAUCUCUUAGCCAUAUUAAAUGAACAGUAUUCAUAUGUAUGCAUUGUAGCUGUUAUUAUUACCAUUAUUGCUUUGGUGGUAUCAACAAAGUACGCAUUGAAAAAUUUUCUCCGUACUCGUUCUGGAAAAUUGAGUCAGAAAAUGUCAGAAAUUCCUGUAAGCUCUCCUUCUACAGCAGAUGAUUUAGAUCAAGAUAGUAUUGACAACGAUUUAGAUGGAGACAAAAAAAUGACAACGUCCACUGGACACAAUAUUGUUUGCUCUGAGCGCUAUCCCGACCCAGUUGAUUUUUGUGAACACAUCCAAGGAGAAAUCAAGAGAGUUCAGCAGUCAGUGGCCACCAAGUCCAUAGCCAAAAACUUGACAGAGGAACAGCUGGAAGAGGAGAGAAAAGUUCAGCAGAAGCAGCUGGCAGAGAUUUACAAGCUGAUGCAAGAACAGCAGGAUAGAUUUGGCAUUGGGAGCAUGGAAGACAUGCAGGAACAAAUGAGACUUUAUGCAGUCUGAGUUUUCUCCACAGUUUUUAUGAUUGCUAAAUACAACUGUAGCUGAAAAAGUAAAGAGAACUGUACAUGUGUAAUUUGAUUGUCAAAUUUCUGUUGUUUAGACAUAGUUUUUGUAUA